UUCGAGUGACAAAUUUUUCAUUACGGUUAGGCCUAGAUGAUAUUGGCGAUCAUUUUUCGUUGGAUCUGGUAUUCUGCAGUAAUUAUGAAGGUGUGAAUAGUUUCCAGACGCACACAGGAACACAGCUUACCUCAACACUUCUAUAACAGUACAUCUUCAAGACAUGCUACAUUGACUGAAAUUGGUUUGUCAAUUGGAGGAUUGCAUUCAAGAGUUGACAGGACCAACAGAUGUGUUGAAGUUCAGCUUUGUCAAUUCUGUUUGGACAAGUUUCCAGUGGUACAUAAAAGAAGAAUGCAGAUGUUUCCAUGAUGAAGUUGAGUGCUUGGUGAUAUCUACAGGAAAUAGUAUAUGUGGGACUACAAUACCUCAAAGACUGGUGAUUGAGGUAUUUCGGAUACUGAUGGCCAGAAUCUGAGCCCACAUUUAAAUUGAGCAACAUAUGACAUCAUCAGUGGUGAAGGGCGGGAAUGACGAACGGCAAAUGUGUUGCGAGAGCUAUACUAGUUGUGCUAGAUGUAUUGCUAUAUUGUACGAACACAAAUAUAAUAAAAAUUCUGACACCCUGUGGAGUAAGCUGACAUUCUAACCAAUCAUAGUGGUUUUAAAAGGGAACAGAGCUUUCAAAUUUCAUGAUGUAUUAAAGAAAAAAAGGGAUCUUCAAACCGAGAGGUUUCAUUUGGGACAACCAACCAACCAUCUGUGGGGGCUCUCUAAGAUGAGAAUGAUUCUGUAAAUUUCUUUAGAGUUGCAGUGUUGAAGUAGAGCUCAGAUAUACAAUGUUAUUGUGUGCUGAACAGUCUUACAGUCACUUUCAUACCGGUUAUUGAUUUGAUUGUUAUUUGUUUUAAUGUUGAACACUACAUUAUGGAGAGGUCAUCUACAUGUAUUUGUAAGUUCGUGUGCAAGCCAUUCGUUUACUGUGGAGCAAAGUUUAUUUCCCUUUCUCGUAAUAGAAAGUUGAAAAGAUUCCUUCUAGCCACUUUUACCAUCUACUUUUUGACGUUCUGCAUUGCUCUGCCCAUCCUGUGCCAUGACUUGCCAUUAACAAAAUACUAUCGCCUCUGGAAGGGUACAUCCAGACAAGCGUUGAUAAACGAAGCCAAAGAGAUCAAUAGCUUCAAUGCCGAUAAUGCCCAGACACACCUGGACCGGAUGCCGAAGGAAGCCACUAAACAGCUGUAUGAAGAAUCAAUGAGGAAGCAGGACCUCAGGUAUGCCAUCGUUGUUCAAACAAUCCCAAGGAACGGGAGGCCGUCUCCUCGCUAUCUAUCUCAAUUAAUGCUUGCGCUACAUGAUAUCCUUCGGGAAUCCGGAGGCAUCACAGAGACGGCACUGUUCAUAUGUAACACCCAACGAUCUGCCGGAGAGCACAAGGAAGCAGUGGAUCUGUCUGAAUACUUCCCGAUGGUGCAGACAUCGCUCGGGCCAAGAGUGGAUCGCUAUGAACGCGAGAAGGAGGACUACCUAUUCUGUCUCCAGGAGGCGCAGAAGCUAUCUCCAAAAUAUGUGAUUGUUCUUCAAGAUGAUGCGCUUCCUCGUGCAGACUUUUACACAGUCUUGGAUUAUGUUCUGAAAUAUAGAGUUGAGACUCAGAUUCAUCAAAGUGAGCUUCAUCUGGAUCAAGACGAAUGGCUGUGGCUUAAACUCAACUUUCCCGACUCUCUUGCCAAAUAUGAACGCAAUUACUACUUUGCCUUGGAAUGGGUUUCUGUAAGCCUUAUUGGGGCAUCAAUUUUUGUAUUCAUGAUGCGAUUUAUACUAACCUUGUGUUGGGGAAUAAAUGCUGAUGAAAAAGCAAUAGGGGUCCUGCCAUGCUUCCUUGUGGGAUUCGUAUACUUCAUGUUAUUUACAUGGCUCCUCGGGAGACCGUAUGUCACUCUUCCACUAACGCUUUCCAAAUCCUUCUACAGCCUUGGCCCUGGGACUUCCUGUUGUCUGCCGGCCGUCCUGUACCCACAAUCACAAAUACCUGGGAUCAUCGGGUUCCUGGAAACGGUAGAGCUGGACCGAACCAGGCCCUUGGACUUUGCCUUGGACGACUAUCGGGCCCAGAGCAAACUCCGCCAGUUCUUGAUCAGUCCAAACUUAUUUUUCCAUAUAGGAGUGGUUUCAGCUUUGCAUAGCAGCACCUCCAACUCCAGGGUUGCUGAGAGCUUUCUGUUCAUUGUAAAAACCAUGAAGACUCCUUUUUCCAAUUGGAUUCCUCAGGAUUAAACGCAAGUCAAAAAAUCAUUUGCAAGUCCAAAAUGCGCGCUGCUGAUUGGUUGAAAAUCAAGUUACGCAGGAUUUUAGAGUUGCGUUUGAUUGCAACUCUUUCUGCAACAGGCCCCUGUACAUGUACCACUGCACAGCUCAAAUUUGCAACAA